AUGAUCAUCCUGGACACUGACCAUCCCAGGGUUGCCAGCACCACGCUGCAGAUGCAGGGAGCGCUGGAGCAGCACCUGGCACGGCUGAACGAGCUGCUGGCCUCGCGGGGGGAUUACGUGCAGACCCUCAAGUUCACGCAGCAGCUGGCUGGCAGCAUUGUCCUGCAGCUCCAGGGGCUGCCAGCCUGGCGGGGCGUCAGCGCUGACCUCACCGAGCUGUCAGGACAGGUGGCCUAUGUGGAGUAUUACAGGUGGUUGGCUUACCUGCUCUUCUUCAUCCUCGUCCUCACCGUCUGCCUGCUGGCCUGCCUGGGGCUGGCCAAGCACUCCCGCUGCCUCCUGCUCCUGAUGCUGUGCUGUGGGCUGCUCAUGCUGGUCCUCAGCUGGGCCUCCAUGGCCGUGGACACGGCGGCUGCGGUGGGCACCAGCGACUUCUGUGUGGCGCCGGACAAGUUCAUCAUGAACCAGACAGAUGAUGAGAUCAGUGCAGAGGUGGUUCAUUAUUACCUGUACUGUGACCAGAGCCUGAGCAGCCCCUUCCAGCAGGCUCUCACCGUGUUCCAGCGCUCGCUGACCACCAUGCAGAUCCAGAUCCAGGGGCUCAUCCAGUAUGCGCUGCCCCUCUUCCCCACAGCUGAGAAAGACCUUUUGAGGGUGCAGCAGCUCCUCAACUCCUCAGAAACCAGUCUGCACCAGCUGACAGCGCUGCUGGACUGCCGGGGGCUGCACAAGGACUACCUGGAUGGCCUCACUGGCAUCUGCUACGACGGCGUGGAGGGGCUGCUCUACCUGGGGCUCUUCUCCCUGCUGGCGGCCGCCGGUCUCGCUGUGCCCCCCAGGAACCAGGCCGUGCUCUUCGGAGGGAACCCCCGCUAUGAGAACGUGCCCCUCAUCGGGAGGGGCUCUCCUCCCCCCACGUACUCCCCGAGCAUGAGGGCCACGUACCUGGCGGUCACCGAUGAGCACAUCCGGCACCGUGGCGACUUCCCGGCCUAGGAGGGGACACCAAAGAGCCCGAGGGACAGCACAGCACGGGGUAGGAGCCACGGCGGGGCUGGGGGACAAACCUGGAGCCCCCCAGCACCCCCUGCCCUCACAGCCCCACACCUGCUGCCUUAGGGGCUCCCGGGAGCGCAGAGGGGCUGCGGGGGCUCCUCCUGUCCCUGUGGAACUUUCUGGAGCACAAACCCCGCGCCAUGCUGCCCUGGGGCUCCCCUAGCAAUGCAGCACCAACCACUAGUGAUCCCAAACCCUUCCCCAGCCCUUUCCAGCUGCCCUGGCUUUUCCCAGGAUGAGGGAUUUGGGAUGUUUUGGCCCUGGC